AUUUUAUUUGACAACUUGUACAGUUGUGAAAUACCAUGUUAAAUACCAAAUGGCAAAUACUACUAGUGCAGAAUCAUAGUAUAAAUAUCUGUACAAUGAAGCGAAUGCAGCGCUUAUUUUUCACCGGCGAUUUUGUUGUUAGUGAUUUUAAAUAGUUGUGUUAAAAAAGUAAGUUCACAAUGGGCUCAGAAGAUGUGCUCAAGAGUGCUUCAACUCUGGCUUCUUAUAAUGUCCUGCUUCAGGUGAUGUUUCGAGUGUUGACAUUUCUCUUGAAUGCAUUUACUUUGCGGUUCGUGUCCAAGGAGCUGAUGGGCGUGGUAAAUGUCAGGUUGAUGCUGCUCUAUUCUACACUGGUGUUUCUGUCUAGGGAGGCGUUCCGGAGGGCGUGUCUAAGCGGUGAAGGGGCGGGGCGUAACUGGAGACAGGUCAUCAACUUGUUAUGGCUCACAUUUCCUCUGGGGUGUGUGUGGGGUGUGUUAUUGGUAUGUGUGUGGUGGUGGGUGCUCCAGGCACCUGAUCCAGAGUCCAUCCCGCAUUAUGUCCCCGCUGUUGGAUUGUUCUGCCUGUCUGCACUUACAGAGCUGCUGGCUGAACCUCUUUGGGUUCUUGCACACGCGCACAUGUUCGUCCGUUUGAAGGUGAUUGCAGAAAGCUUGGCCAUGAUUGCUAAAUGUCUUGUUACGGUAGUGUUGGUGGUCUCAGCGCCUCAAUGGGGGCUCUAUAUCUUCUCUGCAGCCCAGUGCGUCUAUGCAGGGUUUUUGCUCCUUUGUUAUGUGUUAUACUUCAUCCAUUUCCUUGGCUCAGAGGAAGCAGACAAGAAAUUGUUCCCUGUUCGUCACAUAACAGACCUUCUGCCAUCUAGGAUGGAUCACGAGCCACUGCUAAACUGGAAGUUGACCACACUAACCUGGAGCUUUUUCAAACAGUCAUUUCUUAAACAGAUACUUACAGAAGGCGAGCGUUAUGUGAUGACUUUUUUGAAUGUGCUUAACUUUGGAGACCAGGGGGUUUAUGAUAUAAUAAACAAUCUGGGCUCAAUGGUGGCAAGAUUUCUUUUCUUGCCCAUUGAGGAGAGUUUCUAUGUGUUCUUCGCUAAUGUCCUGGAGCGUGGACGAGAUGUACGACAUCAAAAACAAGAGGAAGUUUCCAUGGCAGCUGAGGUACUGGAAUGUCUUUUGAAGCUGGUGCUUUUGAUUGGUCUGAUCAUCUCAGUUUUUGGUUAUGCAUAUUCUCAUCUAGCACUUGAUAUCUAUGGUGGGGAGCUUCUGAGCAGCGGAGCCGGGCCAGCUCUCCUACGGUGUUAUAGCUGUUAUGUUCUGCUGUUAGCUAUUAAUGGAGUAACAGAGUGUUUUGUUUUUGCUGCCAUGAGCAAAGAGGAAGUUGACAGAUAUAAUCUAGUGAUGCUGGGGCUGUCGGUCUCUUUUCUGCUGCUUUCGUAUUGGCUAACCUGGAUGUUAGGAGGCAUUGGCUUCAUUUUGGCAAAUUGCUGUAACAUGGCUUUACGAAUCACUCACAGUAUUGUUUACAUACAUCGCUAUUUCCUGCAAAGUGAAUGCGCACCGCUGUGGGGGCUCCGCCCACAUUCUGCUGUCAUUAUUGCCCUUGGAGUGAGCGGUAUCCUCACAGGCUUCUCAGAGAGCAUGUUCUGCUGUGAUGGUGGCUGGUUGCUAAGGCUGGUUCAUGUUGCUGUGGGGGCGGUUUGUCUCCUGAGUGUGGUCAUCACAGUAUUUCUAACAGAAACAAAACUUGUGCAGUUUGUCAAAACUCAGUUGCUACCCAAAUACAGCAAGAAACUUACAUGAGCUUUUACUUUGAAAACACAUAAACCUUCCCGAGGUGAGGUUGACACUAACAUGUUAUGGACCAGAUUUUGCCUCGAGUUUUUAAAACUGUGUGUAAUAUUCUACAAACACAUUUUGUUUUCUUAAAACAAUGGGAAUGUUUACUCCAGAAGACGCAGUACCUCUAUGUUCAGUUUUUGCUAAUGACAUCAAAAGAAGUUCACUUAGAUGCUGACAGUUUGAAGGUUCUUGUCCAUACCUUAUAGAAUAUUUUAUUGUUUGAUUACAGAACAAACACACAGAAUAUUGUAAUGUUAUGCAAAUAUAUUAAAGGGUCCCUCGGUAUGUAACUACUGCUCCAAUGUGCCUGUCAUUCAUUUAUCUCCAAGAAAUACAUUAUGGUUCUUCGUAUUUAAUGCUUGUUUUAAUGAGCAUACCAAAGGUGUACAUUGACCAAAUAUUUUGUAACAUUGUACCUUUUACAUGACAUACUAGAUAUACUAUAGCUGUGUAAAUCAGUGGUGAACU